AUGUCCGAACAAUUUCUUAUUUUCACUCCAAAAGGAACUGUUCUUUUCAAAGAUGAGGACAGAAAAGUUCCUGAUCGGGUUGUAAAUGGUCUCAUUUCCGAUAUAUUUAUUUCUCAAAGGAAAACUUUGACUGGAUCUGUCAAUAACGAGGAAGAGUUCGAAGAUGAUGAUGUUGGAUCUUAUAGUCUAGAUGGAUAUACCAUCAAGUAUGUCAGCAGUUCCCAGCCCACUUGCUACUUCACCUCAUGCCACUCUUCUCUUGUCAAUGUUCCAAACGAGGGCCAAUUUUUAAAAGAUAUUCAAACGCUUUGGGAGGAGCUCAUCACAGCUGAUCUUGACUCUGGAGCUUUUCCCGACGAACAAGAGCUGAGAAAGUUUACUAGUUUCUACAACCUGAAGAAGCAAGAACUUUUUAAAAACGUUGGUGUAGAAACUGCCAAAAGCACUUCUACUUCAGAACCACAUUCAUUAUCCCAAAAUAAAUUGAAGGGAAAGAAACCCCAACUUACUCAAAAGAAGAAAGCUAGAAGAUGGGAUACCCAGGGCAACCCCAUUGAAGAUGAUGGUUUGGAGGAAUCUGAUCUGGAUUUCUCUUCUACUACUAGCGAGGUCGGGAAUCAAGAUGUUGGACAUUUAGUUGGUGAUAAUUACGGAAAAACUAAAGAUGGUAAGUUUUUGGUAAGCGAUAUGAAAGAAAUUAACGAUAUCCUGUCUAAACAAAGGGAUAAAUCUGUCUCUGAUGAAAGCACCGGAGCGUUUAGUUUUUUGUCUGGCUUAUUCUCAGGUAAAACUGUCACCGAAGAUAACCUCACCAAGACUUCCAAAUCUCUUUCUGAACACUUAAUUAAUAAGAAUGUGGCUCCAGAAAUUGCCAAAAAGCUUGUUGAACGCAUUAACAAAAGUUUAGUAGGUACAAAGGUCACUACAAGCAUACCCAAGGCUGCUAGGAAUGCACUGGAAAAGGAAUUGCUCAAAUUAUUGACCCCAGAAACUUCUAUUAACCUAUUGAAAGAAAUUCAAAGCAAAAAGGCUGCUAGAAAGCCAUAUGUCAUUUCCGUUGUUGGUGUCAACGGUGUUGGAAAAUCUACAAACCUUUCCAAACUGGCCUUCUGGUUACUAAGUAAUAAGUACAGGGUUCUGAUCACUGCUUGUGAUACGUUUAGAUCGGGGGCUGUCGAACAGUUGCGAGUACACGUAAACAACUUGAAGAAGCUUACUGAGGAUGAAUCGCACGUUGAACUGUUUCAAGGAGGUUACGGAGGUGCUGAUCUGGUAUCUAAAAUUGCUAAAGGAGCUAUACAAUACGCAGAGGAGAACAAAUUUGAUAUUGUUCUUUUAGAUACUGCAGGAAGGAGACACAAUGACGCACAGUUAAUGGCACCUUUGCAAGGGUUUGUGAAGGCGGCUAAGCCUGACAAAAUCAUUAUGGUUGGUGAGGCAUUGGUUGGUACGGAUAGUGUACAGCAGGCAAAGAAUUUUAAUGGUGCUUUCGGUCCUGGAAGAACACUUGAUUUCUUUAUUAUCAGCAAAUGUGACACCGUAGGAGAUCUGAUUGGAAGUAUGGUCAACAUGGUUUAUGCUACUGGAAUACCAAUUCUUUUUGUUGGUACAGGUCAAACUUACACGGAUCUUCGAACUUUGAGUGUGGAUUGGGCUGUAGAUACUUUGAUGUCCUGA